GACGGACCAGCCCCCUCAGCCCCUCCCCGACUCCCUGGAGGUUGCCGUGGAAACAGAGAGAGCUGUGGUUGAGGAGAAGCUCCGAGGCCUGGCCUUUGCUGUCUGUCUGCGGAGGGGACUCACAGGACAGCAGCCAAUAUGAUGCUAUCGAGAGCCAAACCUGCUGUAGGCGGGGACCUACCGCACACUGACAAAAGAAAGAAGAAAGGCAGGAAGAUGCCAAAGCUAGAGGAGCUACUUUCACAAAGAGACUUCACUGGAGCUAUUACCCUGUUGGAGUUCAAACGUCAUGUUGGGGAACAAGAAGAGGAUACCAACCUGUGGAUUGGAUACUGUGCUUUUCACCUGGGUGACUACAAGAGAGCUUUGGAGGAAUAUGAGAAUGCAACAAAAGAGGAAAAUUGCAAUCCUGAAGUCUGGGUGAAUCUAGCCUGUACCUACUUUUUUCUUGGAAUGUAUAAACAAGCUGAAGCUGCUGGAUUUAAAGCUCCAAAAAGCCGACUUCAAAAUCGCCUCCUCUUUCAUUUGGCUCACAAGUUUAAUGAUGAGAAGAAGUUGAUGAACUUCCAUCAGAAUCUUCAAGAUAUCACAGAGGAUCAGCUCAGUUUGGCCUCAAUCCACUACAUGCGCUCUCACUAUCAAGAAGCUAUUGAUAUUUACAAGCGAAUACUGCUAGAUAACAGGGAGUACCUUGCCCUCAAUGUGUAUGUGGCUUUAUGUUACUACAAGUUGGAUUACUAUGAUGUGUCUCAAGAAGUUCUGGCUGUUUACCUUCAACAAAUUCCUGACAGUACCAUCGCACUCAACCUUAAGGCCUGUAAUCACUUUCGCCUUUACAAUGGCAAAGCAGCUGAGACAGAACUCAAAAGCUUGAUGGACAACGCUUCUUCUUCCUUUGAAUUUGCUAAGGAACUCAUCAGGCACAAUCUGGUGGUCUUCCGAGGAGGCGAAGGGGCUUUGCAGGUUUUGCCUCCCCUGGUUGAUGUCAUUCCCGAAGCUAGGCUAAACUUAGUGAUCUACUACCUUCGCCAAGAUGAUGUACAAGAAGCUUAUAACUUAAUUAAGGAUCUGGAACCUACUACUCCUCAGGAAUAUAUCCUCAAGGGAGUGGUCAAUGCAGCCCUCGGCCAGGAAAUGGGCUCGAGGGAUCAUAUGAAAAUCGCCCAGCAGUUCUUUCAGCUGGUGGGAGGAUCAGCGAGUGAAUGUGAUACGAUCCCGGGGAGGCAGUGCAUGGCUUCCUGUUUCUUCCUGCUCAAGCAAUUCGAUGAUGUCUUGAUUUACCUCAACUCAUUUAAGAGUUACUUCUAUAAUGACGACACCUUUAACUUUAAUUAUGCGCAAGCCAAAGCCGCAACAGGCAACACCAGUGAGGGCGAAGAGGUUUUCCUUUUAAUCCAAAAUGAGAAGCUGAAAAAUGAUUACAUUUACCUCAGUUGGUUAGCUCGGUGCUACAUAAUGAAUAAGAAACCAAGACUAGCCUGGGAACUUUAUCUCAAGAUGGAAACCUCUGCCGAGUCCUUUAGCCUAUUACAGCUCAUCGCUAAUGACUGCUACAAGAUGGGCCAGUUCUACUACUCGGCCAAAGCCUUUGAUGUCCUCGAGAGGCUGGAUCCCAACCCUGAGUACUGGGAAGGCAAGAGAGGUGCCUGUGUGGGCAUUUUCCAGAUGAUCUUGGCUGGGAGAGAGCCCAAAGAGACCCUUCGAGAAGUGCUCCACCUGCUGAGAAGCACGGGCAACACCCAGGUGGAGUACAUCAUCCGCAUCAUGAAGAAGUGGGCCAAGGAGAACAGGGUGCCUGUCUGAGUGCGCCCGGACGCCGGGGGCCAGCCACUGCUUCGACCUCAGACUGGACACAGCUUCCCCGGUUCGAAGUGAGAUGCAGGCCUCUAUCUGGGUGAUGUUUCCCUUCCUUGCUCUUCCAGCCACAAGCCCCGUGAGUGCUGACACCUUGCCUCUUGGUGGGACUGUGCCAUUGUCUCUGCCAUGGCCCCUGUGGGGUCUGACCAGCCACGAGACUUGGGACUUCUCUGGUGCCUUUCUUCUAAAAAGACUCAGUACUGUGGUGUCAUUUAUUGACUUUAAGGAGAACAGCAUAACUUUUUUUUUAUAUUAACAUUCCAUGGCAUUUUCUCCAUGCUGCAAUAACAAAUGCCAUUAAUGCUCAAGAGGCACCAUCAUUCCGGCAUCUUAUCGUUAGCCGUCUCUGCACACUCCCUUUCUACUGGGGGGUCGCAUAAGAAAUUUUGUAAUGCACCUCUGAAUCUUGGGAGAACAGGAGUUAUAAAUAGCUAUAUGAUUCUAAGAAUGGCAGUAAGAGCCUUUAUCAAACUGUCGGGUCACUAAUAGAUAAUAGGCUUAGGAGUUAAUCCUUCAGUAAUUCUUGAUGACAAUAACAUGUUACAGUGGAGUAACAGGAAUACUGCAUUUUUUUAAAAGGUGAGAACUAUGAAAAAAAUUUGUAUGGCACAUUUAAGAUUUUUUAGGAAACAAAGUAUACAAAUCUCAUUUGUCAUUUCUCCAUUAUAUUUUAGAUAACAAAAGGGGUUAGGUGUUUUUCUCCGUGUACCUUGCUGAAUAAACAUCAAUUUUGAAAACAGGGCUACAAAGGCUCUGUGUAGGCAUUACGGCCAUUUAUUGACAUAAUGAUACAGAACAUGGGUUUGUGGAGCCCUUUGAGGGGUUUCCUAAUGGCUGCGCCCCAGCCUAAGUCAUAUUCCAGCCCCAGAUUUCUGAGCUUUCACAAGAUAAACCUAUUACAGGACUGAGCAUUCUUAGGCUCAUGAGCAAUUUUCAGAAAAUAGACCUGUGUGUUAUUACGUACCAGAUUACCAUUGUUUCUACACCAUAUUUCUUCACUAUGAGUUUAAGGCACCCUGUAUUGCAGGUGUGGAAUGUGCAGAGCCGUUCCUCUGGAUGCAGGAGGUGCGUAGAACAGAGAUGGGGACAUGGCAGGGGUCAAAGGCAGCCGAGGACAGAGGACCACACACAUCAGAUAGCCUUCGUCUUCUGGGCAGUUGCAAGAGGCUCUCUCAACUCUACUCAGGAAGAUGUUCAGUUUUCUUGUCUUUUAUGUUAGAUGCAGGUCUAGUCAGUUCAAGGCACAAAUCAAAAUAAACUGACCGGAAUGACUGAACUUUAGAAAACAAUGUUACAUCCUUUUUCACAUGCCAAAGCUUUUCUGUUUCCUCAAUAUGUUGUUCCUACUUUUUCAAUAAUUGGUUCUCAGCAUCUAAAGUGCUAGGUGGGUCAGAGCUGGGCAGAACCUGCUACAAUUGUUAGAAUCCUUCUUGUGAUUCUUAUUUACCUCACUUAAAAUGUUAGGAAACACAAUGAGGGGGAAAGACAGAUGGAGCUCCUCAGUGGUGUUGGCAAUGAAAUUUGUCUUCUAGUUAAUUGCUGUUAUUUUCAAAUUUCCUGUACUUGAAAAGCUUUUCCACUGAUGGUGAUUUAAGUGAGCUUUUGUUGAAUUUAGCACUCCCUACAUUUUCCUGUCUUUUGGAAAAAAUCUGAUAUUCCAAAAAUAGCAAUUCCCAGAAUUUUAGACUAAUUUUUUAAAAAAGUUUUAAUCUACAGAAUUGAAUCCCCGCAAUCCCCCAAAAAAGAGCACCCUAAAGACUAUUUUAGAAAAGAUACCGUCUAAGCUCUGCCAUUCGGAAUAGCCACUUCGGAGACAUCUUGGCAGGGUCUCAAGAUUGCGGAGUAGUUUACACAGCUGCUUUUCCUCUUGCGAUGGUCCCGGGACAGGAAGGUCCAGCUCUGGGAAGGGACAUAGUGUGUAUAGUUCAUGUCAUCAAUGUACUAUUUACAGUCUGUAGCAAGUACCACUUGCAAAUGAGAUAAAACUCUUAUGGUUCUUUUUGUACUUCAGAAUAACUAUUCUACUGUAAUGUAUUCAAAUUAAAGUUUAUUAUCUGG